CGACUCAGUACGACUGGGAGUGACCAUGAAGACCUUUAUCGUUCUUGCGCUGUGCGUGGUGUCCGCAUUUGCGGGGUACGCCGAAGACCUGUGGCUGCAGAAGAACUCCAUGCGCCCGGUGGGCCUGGAGGACUUCGAGGAGCCCACUUACGAGGGCAGAAUUGUCGGUGGAAACGAGGUUCCGAUCUCGCAGUUCCCGUACCAGCUGUCUCUGCGCCAGAAUGGAAACCACAUCUGCGGUGCUUCGAUCAUCUCCAGCAACUGGGCUCUGUCCGCUGCUCACUGCACCUUCCCGAUGCCAUCGGUUGCCGCUAUUACGUUCCGCGCUGGCAGUGCUAGCCGCUUGACUGGAGGAACCAUCUUCCAGGCUGCCCAGAUCAUCAAUCACCAUGCUUACAACGCCAACAAUUUGGACAAUGAUGUGUGCGUUAUCCGUAUCACCACUUCCUUCACCGGAACCAACAUUGCUCCGAUUACGCUGGUCCCGAGCGGAACCGGUUUCGGUGCUGGAACCCGCAGCGUUGUGUCCGGUUGGGGUCUUACCCAGCAGGGAGGUUCUCUGCCAGCAAAUCUGCGUGCCGUUGACAUUCCGGUCGUUGCUCAAGCCACCUGCCAGGCCCAGUGGGGAUCUGGACGUAUUCUCGCUAGCAUGGUUUGCGCCGGCGAGCCAGGCCGUGACUCGUGCAACGGAGACAGCGGUGGCCCGCUGGUCACUGGAGGACGCCAGUUCGGUAUUGUCUCGUGGGGAGCCGUCGCUUGCGGAGGUUCUCUUGCUGGUGUUUACGCUAACGUUGGAAACGCUGGAGUUCGUAGCUUCAUCAGCCAGCACACCGGUGUGUAAACGACUUUUUGAAUAAAUAAUAAGGCAUCAUUGGAAAAGCUUUGACUAUUUCAUGUAAACUGUAAUGACAAAUAUCGCAUCGUUAGUUGAAAAAUUAUAGUACAUAAUA